CCUGGGCCAUGCAACCCCGAGGAGGCUGCUCUCUCACCAGUGGGGCGCUGAGGUUCCCAAACUGCUGGCCUGGAGGCUGAGUCACUUCCGCUGUGUGGAUGGACCUAUUUUGUUGAUCAAACGGACCCCCGUGGGGGCGCCCUGGGCGCCCGCUGUCUGGCUCCUAUACCCUGAAAGUUGGAGUGAUUCAGUGACCUCUAAGGUUCUUCCAGCUCUGAAGAAGGUGGUUCGGAAACACUUCGUUGUGUCUGAGCUGAAAUCUACUCCCCAGUGGCAGUUGAGGCGUUGGGAGCGGCUUCCAUCAGGACACUGUUCCAGCUCUGGCUGUGAGAGCUCCCGGCCGCUCACGUCAGCAGUGCUGCUGAGACCGUUUGGAGCACACAGCUCACGCGUGAGUGUGUGAGGGAACACACGCCAGAGGGAGCCCAGGAGAGGGAACCGCUUGCUGAGCAGCUCCUGCAUCUUCCCUGAGAAUGGACCCUGGAGACCCCGAGGAAAAGCCUGCUGCCACUGACCCCGCUGGUGAGCCCGCUGGUGGCCAGGACCCGCGCCUGUUCCUGCAGACCCUGCAGACGCUGUGGUCCACUCGGGACCUGCGACAGCUCCGGGAGGAAGCCUGGAAGGGGUUUGCCACCCUGGACGACCCGCUCACCACUCUCCUGGACAUGCUGGAAGCCAGUCGGGGCUGCGGGGGACGGGGCCCCUCGCUGGAGGCCUGGGUGGCCCGUGAGCUGGAGCGCUGGCUACAGGCACAGCCACGCCCAGAGCCCACCCAGGGCGGCCGAGCACUGAAGCCGCUGCAGGCCCGUGCGGUCCGGCUCCUCACCGAGGGCCCCCCCAGCCUUGUGGAGCCGCUGGUCAGCAUCUUCCAGCUGCAGGACGCAGACCGGAGCCCCGUGCUGGCGCACAUCCACCGGCUGCACCAGGAGGGCAAGUUCAAAGAGGCCAUCAUGCUGGGCACGAAGCUGCAGCUGCAGGCGGACCUCGACGUUGAGAAGAUGUGUGCGCCCCUGCUCCUGCAGGACAGGGUGGACCUCACAGAGCGCUACGUGGAUGGCUCACCCCUCCUCCAGCAGAGGCUGCUGGCCCUCAUGGACGCCUGGUGCCAGCCCGGCUUUGACAUCAGGGUCGUCGCCAGGCGGUACCCACAGGCGACCCUGCGGCUGGAGAGGCUGAGCCCCAGAGCCCUGGGCCGGCAGGUGCUGCGGCUGCUGGAGCAGUACCGCCUGGGCCCUGCCCUGUGUCCCAACGUGGUCACUCAGCAGCGCCUGGCUGCCCUGCGGUACCUGUGCUACAAGCGGCUGGUGGAGAGAAGCAUGUCCCGGGAGAGCUGGGCUGAGCUGGUGCAGGGCCUGGUGGGGCAGGACGAGUGCCUGCAGGGGCAGCUGCUGCGGCUGCUGGCCUCUCAGGAAGAUGUGGCCGCAGUCGCCCAGUGUGCCCUGGACCUCUCGUUGCCUGAGGAGCGACUCCCAGCAACAGUAGUGGCAGAAAUGAGCCAACUCAGGCUCCAGGAGAGGACGGACAAGGCACCUUCAGAGGACAGGCGGGAUGACUGCUACCGGCUGCCCAUUGCCAGGGAGGACAUCCACUUCCUGGCCUCCUGGGAGGAGCUGGCCAGGCACGAGGACACGCUCCUGCAGCCGGGCCAGGUGGUCGGUGUGGACCUGGAGUGGAGACCGUCUUUCGGCGCAGGCGGCCGGCCCCGGGUGUCGCUCAUGCAGGUGGCUGUGGAGGGCCAUGUGUUCCUGCUGGACUUGCCCCGGCUCUCGAGUCCUGCGGGAGGGCAGGCACCCCGUGCCUUCUCCCAGCUGGUGUCUCGGCUGCUCUCAGAUCCCUCCAUCACCAAGCUGGGUUACGGGAUGGCGGGGGACCUGCGGAGCCUGGGUGCGUCCUACCCAGCCCUGGCGCAGGCCGGGCACCAGCUGCAGGGCGGCCUGGACCUGCUACAGGUGCACAGACAGAUGCGGGUGGCGGACAGGCCAGCCCCUGCUGUGGACGGGGCUGCAGGGCCACGGGGCCUCAGCCUUCUGGUGCAGCAGGUGCUGGGCAAGCCCCUGGACAAGACACAGCAGCUCUCCAACUGGGACCGGCGGCCACUGGGAGAGGGGCAGGUGGUCUAUGCAGCUGCGGAUGCCUACUGCCUGCUGGAGGUGUUCUGGGCGCUGCGCAGAGAACCUGCCCGCUUCCACCUGCCAGGGGCCCUGCCCUGGAGCCUGGGGCUGGGACGCAGCAAGAGACACGGGACUUGGGAGCCACCCCCACAGAAGGCCUCGGCCUCCCCCUGGCAAGAGCACUCGCCUGAGGCCGCGGCCCCCGAGGUCCCAGCCCGGGCCUUCCGCGUGGUGUGUGACAGCAUGCUGGGGGGGCUGGGGCGGACCCUCCGCUGCCUGGGUAUCGACGUGCGGGUGCUGCACUCUGGCGAGGACCACCGGCAGGCCGCCGAGGUUGCCAGGCAGGAGGGGAGGGUCAUCCUGACCUCGGGGCUGCCAUACCACAAGCUCCGGGCCCAGGUCGGGGCUGGGCGCUGCCUGGCAGUGGACUGCUCCCUCAAGGCCCAGCAGCAGGCGAAGGCCAUCCUCAGGCAUUUCAACGUGCGUGUCACCCCCGCGGACAUCUUCAGCCGCUGCCAGGCCUGCAACUGUGACCAGUACCUGAAGGUCUCCAAGGAUGUGAUGAAGCAGCUGGUGCGGCUCAGCGUCCACCUGGGAGGCCCUGGUGGUGCCAGCACUGAGGGCCCCCACAGCGAUGGUGAGCAGGAGGCAGGCUCAGCCCCGGAGGAGGCCCCCGGGGGCUGCUCCUACGACCCCCCUUGCCGCUGGCUGGAGGACGCAGAUCUGCAGACCCGCGUCCCAGCCACGCUGGCCAACGGCACCCAGCUGCAGCUGGCGGGCAUCCCGGCAGGCGUGCUUCGGCGGCCUGGGCUGCGGCAUUUCUACUGCUGCACCGGCUGCGGCAAAGUCUUCUGGGAAGGUUCCCACCUGGCCCGAGUCACCAGCAACUUCCAAGAGGUCCUGGAGGGCGCCCCCCGCCCAGCCAGCGGCCCCUCCUGAGAGCGGGGCCUGGGCCGCCUGGAGUAAACGUGCAGAAGCUGCACAGGUGGUGGCCGCGGGCUCCUUCCUCUGGUCUCCGCUCACCC